AUGUUUCCCCAGUAUUAUCUUAACAAGGAGGGAGACCGAGUGUAUACACUGAAGAAGCUGCACCCCUUGGGAUGGCAGACCUGUUCGGUCCAUCCUGCUCGGUUCUCCCCAGAAAACAAAUACUUGAGGUACAGAAUCACCAUCAAGAAAUGCUUCAGGGUGCUCAUGACCCAGCAGCUGCACCCUGUCCUCCGACUGCCCCUCAUGUUUCUGCUCCCUCCUGCUGACCGGUCAGAGACAUCCGUAACCAAGCUGCGCAGUGUCUGA